UUUAGCUGUCAGAUACGUGGCCGUAGUUUUUUAAUGUUUCCCUAAUGUAUUCAAUAAAUUAAAUAUUACUUGAGAGUGUAUGUUUCAAUUACUAUAAAAUUUAUAUAACUUCUUAACGAAAUGGGUCUGUGUAAGUGUCCUAAAAGGAGAGUAACCAAUCAGUUUUGUUUUGAACAUAGGGUUUGUGUUUGUGAAAAUUGUAUGGUAACAAAUCAUCCAAUUUGCAUUGUUCAGUCUUAUCUUCAAUGGUUACAAGACAGUGACUACAAUUCUAUCUGCGAGAUUUGCAACAAAGAAUUGAAUGUCGAAGAUAGUAUAAGAUUAACUUGUUACCAUGUCUUUCAUUGGUCCUGUUUGGACCACUUUUCAAGGCAACUACCACCUACUACGGCACCUAGGGGUUACACAUGUCCAUCAUGUAAAAGUCCUUUAUUUCCCCCUUCAAAUUUAAUUAGCCCUGUGGCUGAUGUCCUUAAAGAAAAAUUGGCAGGAGUCAAUUGGGCUAGGGCAGGAUUAGGAUUACCACUGCUGUCUGAGGAAAGAGAAGUGAAGGCUGCAGUGAACCAUACAGUGACAUCACUGGCAAGCCCCAGACUGACACCCAGUCCACCCCAUUCUGUGGUCAAUGUAGAUGAGCAUGGCGCAUUUAAUAGAAACUCGACUGAAGCGUAUCAGGGAUCGUCCAGUCGACGUGUGUUUCAAGACAUCCGAGAUAUUAAACCCACGACUUUCGAUCACGAUGACGAUAAAUACAAGAGGCGUCCCGUAACUGAACUAAUUGGCACUUGGUGGAAAAUAACUUUUGGAGCACCACUGAGGGCAAGGGGAGGCGGCUCAAUUUAUAGGCGAUAUUGUUUAUUAGGCACAUUAAUAAUUUUAGGUAUUAUAUUUUUCUUAUAUACAAUGUCCAAACUUGGAAGAUAUUCAACUGAAAACGAUCCCACUUUUGAUGUAGAGAGCAAUCCAUUUGUGAGAAACUUGUAAAAUCACAAUUUUUAAAUUUUAAGUUUAAUGAAAUUAAUAAAUUAUGUACAGAAUUUUGUAAAAUAUAUGUAAUAUAAUCACAAAUAAAAUUGCUUUAAAAAUCAA